CGGACUCUUGCCGCUAUCAUAACAACUGGGAAAUCGGAAAUCUCUGACUUCCGACAUCAGUGCGUUCAAAACAACCUCGGGGAAAAACGAGCUCCGACUAGUGAAAAUCGUUUACAACCGUCAUCAUGUGCAGCAGGGUAGCCUAGUGGUUAGCGCGUCAGACUAGUAACAGGAAGGUUGCAAGUUCAAAUCCCCGAGGUGACAAGUUACAAAUCUGUCGUUCCAUUUAACAGGCCGUCAUUGAAAAUAACAAUUUGUUCUUAACUGACUUACCUAGUUAAUAAAUCAAACUCGGAAUCCUAAAUCCGUAACUCGGGUAUUUCUUUCCGACCUGAAGAUCACUGAAGUUAUGAUUCCGCCUUCCUUGUUUAUUUCCGAGUCCCCAACAGUCUUGAAAGCACCAACAGGGUCAGCGCUGUCCUCGCGGAACACGACUCUAGUGGUUUCCACUAACUAGAUAGCGCAACCACAAAGUCAAAAUCGAAAAUAAUUGAAAGCAAAAAUGAGUUUUUUGGUGUAAAUGUAUGGUUAUGCAUAAGGAUAACUGUUUGGUUAAGGUCAGGUUUAAAGAAUAUACAUUGUAUAAAUAGGCGUGUUUUAUGACUUUGUGUCUGUGGUAACUACUGACGACCGACUCGAGUGAAUCCAAUGAGAUCACGCCGCGUUCUGGGCCCCAUGGCGAGAACAAGCAGGUGAUAGCAAGGGAAAAUCAAGAAAUCUUUAUUAGAGUGCCUACGAAGAGGUUUUUAGUUCAUAGAUCAAGCCAACAGUAAGAAGUAUCACCUAAAAUAAUACAGUUUAGCUUGCUGCAUGUAAAGGCGUGCGCUUUCAUUUAGUUUAUAUUGUUGUUUAAACUAGUCUGCUUCAAAGAACUGAACUGCUGGAGUGGAGAAGGAAGCUACCUAACUGACGGAACCCGUUUACAGAACCCAAGACUUCUCUUUGUUUUUGAAUGAAUGGUCAAGGCAUCACCUGCGCUGGGCGUCCAUGGCAUUCAUACUGCACGCCAGUGCUCCAUGAUGGGGCUAGAAGUUUCCACGAUCAUGUCACCAUGAGGAGGAAGCUGACUUUAUGGGCUCGCUUCUGUCUCGUCUUGGCUCUGCUGCCUUCACAAACAGCCUCUGUUGCAGUCAUGUCAGUUGACCUGGGCAGUGAGUGGAUGAAAGUAGCGAUAGUAAAACCUGGCGUGCCAAUGGAGAUUGCUCUAAACAAGGAGUCCAGGAGGAAAACGCCAAUAGCUGUGUGUUUAAAAGAAAACGAGAGACUUUUUGGAGACAGUGCAUUGGGAGUGUCUGUGAAGAACCCCAAAUUUGUCUAUAGGCAUCUUCAGAGCCUCCUUGGCAAGAAGCAUGACAACCCACAGGUGGCGGUCUAUCAGAAACGCUUCCCCGAGCACCAUCUGGUGACUGAUGAGAGUCGGGGCACAGUUCUCUUUAGCAACUCGGAAGAAAUGCAGUACUCUCCAGAGGAGCUCCUGGGCAUGGUUUUGAACUAUUCACGUGGACUUGCUCAGGACUUUGCAGAGCAGCCCAUCAAAGAUGCAGUGAUCACCGUCCCAGUCUUUUUCAAUCAGGCAGAGCGCAGAGCAGUCCUGCAGGCUGCACAGAUGGCAGGUGUUAAAGUCCUUCAGCUCAUCAACGACAACACGGCGGUGGCACUCAACUACGGCGUCUUCAGGAGAAAAGACAUCAACAGCACAGCACAGAACAUAAUGUUCUAUGACAUGGGUUCAGGCAGCACAACGGCAACCAUCGUCACAUACCAGACAGUCAAAACCGAAGAGUCGGGUUCCCAGCCACAGCUCCAGAUACGAGGAGUGGGGUUUGACCGCUCUCUGGGGGGCUUUGAGAUGGAGCUGCGGCUGCAGGACCACCUGGCCAAGCUAUUCAACAAGCAGAAGAAGACCAAGAAGGACGUGAGGGAGAACCACCGGGCCAUGGCCAAGCUUCUCAAGGAGGCCCAGAGACUCAAGACUGUGCUGAGCGCUAAUGCCGAAUUCAUGGCACAGGUGGAAGGGCUGCUGGAUGACAUGGAUUUCAAGGCCAAGGUGACCCGUGUGGAGUUUGAGACCCUGUGUGCUGACCUUUUUGAGAGAGUGCCUGGCCCUGUACAGGAUGCCCUCAGCUCUGCAGAGAUGUCCCUGGAUGAGAUCGAGCAGGUGAUCCUUGUGGGUGGCUCCACCCGAGUGCCUAAGGUGCAAGAAGUGCUGCUCAAAGCCGUUGGGAAAGAGGAGCUAGGGAAGAACCUCAACGCAGAUGAGGCUGCAGCCAUGGGGGCUGUGUACCAGGCCGCUGCCCUCAGCAAGGCCUUCAAAGUCCAACCUUUCCUGGUUCGCGAGGCAACCGUUUUCCCCAUUCAGGUGGAGUUCACAAGUGAGAUGGAGGAGGAUGGUUCCAGGAUCCUGAAGCACAACACGCAUAUUCUGUUCCAGAGGAUGGCCCCCUACCCCCAGAGCAAGGUCUUCACCUUCAACCACAUUGACGACUUUGCCUUCAACAUCAACUACGGCGAUCUCAGUUUCCUGGGCCAGGAAGACCUCAGUGUCUUUGGCUCUCUCAACCUGACCACAGUGCAACUGUCUGGGGUGGGCAGCAGCUUCCAGAAGCACACCGAUGCUGAGUACAAGGGCAUCAAUGCCAGCUUCAACAUGAAUGAGAGUGGCGUGCUCCUCCUUGACCGGGUGGUGUCUGUCUUUGAGACCGUUGUGGAGGAGGAGGAGUCUACUCUGACAAAACUGGGAAAUACAAUUUCCAGCCUGUUUGGAGGGGGAUCCUCGGAACCCAACACAAAUGUGACUGAACCAGUUCAGGAUGAGGAGAAGGUUCAUCCGGAGUCUGUGAAUGAGCAAGAGGAGACUGCGCCCCAGGAAGAGAAGCAGGAGGCUGGGGAGGAACAACAGCAGCAGGAGGAGGUGGCCCCAACCCACGAGAAGACUGAGGGAGUAGACAGUAAGGCUGAUCUUCAGGAUGAAAAGGAGGGAGCCAAAUCUGGAGAAGAGGAGAAAACGGCAGAGGAAGCGGCAAAGACUGAGGCCGAGAAGAAAGCCAAGCAUCAGAAGAAAAAUGAGAUCUAUGAGGAUGUCACAGUGGAGCUCCAAGUAAAAGACAUCCUUAACCCUCAUUUAGAAGCCAUCACCACCUCAAACAAGAAGCUCCAAUACCUGACUGAUAGAGACCUGAAGAAACAGGAGAGGGAGAAGACACUGAACAGCCUUGAGGCAUUCCUUUUUGAUACCCAGGACAAAAUGUACCAGGAGGAGUACCAGGCAGUGGUGUUGGAGGAAGAGAAGGAAAUCAUCCUGGCCAAGCUGAGUCAAGUGUCGACCUGGAUGGACGAGGAUGGCUACUCUGCGUCCACCAAGGAGUUGCGGGAGAAGCUGCAGCAUCUCAGAAAGCUGUGCAGGGCCAUGUUCUUCCGUGUGGAAGAGCGCAGGAAGUGGCCUGGCCACCUGGCCACCCUGGAGAGCAUGCUCAACCGCUCCAGCUUCUUCCUCAGGAGCUCCAAACUUGUACCAGAGGAUGACCGAAUCUUCACUGACGUGGAGCUGAAGAUGUUGGAAAAAGUCAUCAACGAGACCUCUACGUGGAAGAACAACAAAGUAGCUGAACAGGAGAAGAGUUCUCCCACGGAGCAGCCUGUGCUGCUGUCCAAAGACAUAGAGUCCAAGUGGGCUUUGCUGGACCGCGAGGUCAACUACUUGCUGAACAAGCCCAAGCCCGCCAAGCCCAAGCCCAAGGCCGCCAAGCCCAAUAACAACAGCACCACAGAGAGCAGCAGCAGCAAGGCCAACGGCAGCAAAAUGGAAGAGCGAGUCAUACUUCCCAAUGAGGAGACCAAAGACGAAGAGGGCACUGAGGAGGUGCAGCAAGAGGAACCGCCCAUCAAAGAGCCCACUGGACAGAACACGGACUCACUCAGCCAAUCACAGCCUACAGAUAAAACUGCAAGUACAGAGGGCACUGAGGAGGUGCAGCAAGAGGAACCGCCCAUCAAAGAGCCUACUGGACAGAACACAGACUCACUCAGCCAAUCACAGCCUACAGAUAAAACUACAAGGACGGAACCAACAGAGAAGAAACAGUCAGAAAACCACAAAGGGGAUGAGUUUUAACAGCUGGAACGAGAUGUCAUUGUAUUUGUGGACUGUUUAAUUGUUUCCUACAUAUUUUGGGGGUUUUGUUUUUCCAGCCUUUUAUUUUGAAAACCGUAAAGUCAUUGGAUCAGCUCAAACUUCUUGAACUGUCUUAUUCCCCCUACCUACCUCUCGUUCUCACUUUCUGUUCACCUUCAUCCCCCUCUGUUGCCAAACAUCUUUCCCCUCUUACUGACAUGAGCAAGGAGCGCUGACUAAGCCUGGAAUAACCAGCGAAUGAAAUGACACAAGACUUGAAGUUUGUAUUCUACCAUCCUGCCCUACAGGUUUAGGCAUACUUUCCCACAUGCAAACAACUACUUGGACAACUGUAUAUUUGCCCUUCAUUGAACAAAGAAGUGUUUAUUUUUGGUAGGACUAAUGAUAACAGGACUCAAUGUUUCCUCCACUGGAGCUCUGUUGCGUUGCAUUGUUUGUCGCUUUCUGAGAUCAGGAAGGGUAGUUAUGAUUUGACCUCUCAAGCAGGCUUGUUUUCACGUAGCAAGUCUUGCUUUUAUUUUAUUUUUUGUGAGUUUGCACUGGUUGAGAAAUAUAUCAAAUGGGCUGGAGCUAAUGUAUGCUCUUGGGGAAUGGGUUUUAUGUGUAUUUGAAUAUUGAAUGCCUUAAUACCUUGUAUUGUGGCACAUAAACAAUCUGUGAUUGUGUGCAUCCAAAUAUUACUGAUGACCAGUCGUUAAAUGUGUUCAUAGGUGUAAAAUCUAUUUCAUGCUUUUCAGAACCUUCUCGCCAUGGUCUUCUGACAAUUCAUCAAUGAAUUAGCUUGAGGGAAACAUUUUUCACUGAAGUACAUCUCUUGAUUUCUAAAGUUAAAUAAACUUCAAUUACCAAGGUGUAAUUUGGGCUUGCCAUUGGUUGUGUUCAGUAGGUGAACAAAAUAAGAUGGCAUUGAUUAUCGUUUUGUUAUGCUGUGCCCUACUGAACACAACCCUGGUCUUUGUAAGGCUGCAAGUAUGAAUUUGAGGGCUGCUCAACUGUUGCACUGACAGAAGAAGAUAUUAUCCACGUCUCAAGCUGCUUGAAUCUCUACCAGAGGAGUGUGGUUCCUGUUUUUCGCAUCACCUCAGAUGGUUUGAGGGGGAAUAAACUAACGGGAUUGGGGGAUGCCAAUGCUUUUCUUUCUAAACUGUUAAUAGUAUUUUU